AUGAAGGCAGACCUUCGAUUCUCGAGUCCGGAACAGCGAGCCAGUGCCGGCUCAGAUGUAGGUGGGUGGUCGAAGGGUCUCGGAAAGUCCGUGGCGUUCAGCUCUGCACCCCACUCCGCUGCCAUUGUUGUCGGCCACCCCGGGACCGGUAUCAAGGAGCAGACAUCCGGUCUCUAUGCCAGGUCCCUCGCAUCCCAGGGCUUCAUCACUCUCGCGUUUGACGCUGCCCACUACGGGGAGAGCGGUGGAGAGCCUCGCUACCUGGAAGACCCGUAUCAGAGAGUCGAGGACUUUAGAAACGCCGUGUCGUUUCUCUCGACCCUCGAUGGGGAAGUCGACCCCGAACGAAUCGGCACUGUUGGGAUCUGCUCAUCCGGGGGCUUCUCGAUCUUCGCCGCGCAGACGGACCAGCGCAUCAAAGCCGUGGCUACUGUGAACGGCGUCUGUGUGGGCACCAUGACUCGGAACAGCAUGAAGGAUCCCUCCGGCGCCAUAGACCAGGCGCUUCUGCAACCCGGACUUGUCUGGGCGGGCAGAGAACGCACCUCGGAGGCGAGAGGCAACCCACCCACGACGAUCAGCAUCCUCGACACAUUCGCGGAGGCCGCGGAUUACUACCAGACCCCCCGCGGACAGCACCCGAGAUGUGCGAACCUGCAACUUGCGCGGAGCCUGGACACGAUCGCCUCGUACGACUCGUUCGCCUUUAUCGACUGGAUCUCGCCGCGGCCGCUGCUGAUGAUCAUCGGCAGCGAGGCGGACAAAGGGAACGACGGCGACCCGGCGGACACGGGGCGGUACAGCAGGAUGGCGAUCGAGCGGGCGAGGGAGCCGAAGGAGCUGUUUGUGAUCAAGGGCCUGGGGCAUAUCGAUCUGUAUGACCACAUGUCUGAGUCUGUUCCCAAGCUUGCGGAUUUCAUGGGCAGAGCUUUGUGUGCUUGAAAAGGGACAGAAGAGGCGGCUGCGGGAUGAGGCCGCAACCCGGGUACGUAGACGCGAGUUCUGUAAGUGGUUGCUAAGGUUCAGCUGCGCGACGGUCGUCGGUCGUAACACCGAUAACUGGUUGCUGCUCUUUCAAUAAGAGCUAAAGUCACGCCGAAGAAGAGAGGCAAAUUUACAGUAGUAUAACGGACUUCCUACGCUAGACAGUCAGCUUUUAUCUCUUCACUCCCACGAUUCGCAUAAUUCAUGAGUAAGGGAAA